GACCGACCGGGCGCACGCAUGAAAUACGAGGACAACUUUUGGGAGGAUCGCUCGAGGAGAAGAUUGUACCAGUUUCCCUGAUUUUCCAGGGAGUGCUCCCUCUCUUUAGUGAUGGAGGUACUGCAGUGUGAUGGCUGUGACUUCCGUGCCGAGUCAUAUGACGACUUGAAGACCCACAUUCAGGAAGUGCACACUGUUUUCCUGCAGCCAGCAGAUGCCGAUGAGUCUGACUCUCUGAAAGACGAGGAUGAAGAUGAGCAGGGAGAGGAGGAAUGUGAGGAUAAGGAGGAUGACAAGGAUUAUGCGCCUGCUAAAGCUGGAAUGAGCCCCAAAUCUACUGAUGAUUCCAACCAAACACCGCAAAAGCCGACAGCUGAGACUCAUCUGCCGUUUUACCAGUGCAAGUUCUGCGUCCGUUACUUCAGAUCGCAAUCGUUCUUAAGAAACCACACCAAAAAAGUGCAUAAUGUUGUAGAGGAGGAUUCAGAUGCAAGUGUCUCCUUGCAAACAGCUAAGCAGCCCAGCUACACUGUUAUAAUGCACAAGGACAAUUCUAAGGUGUAUUCCUGCCAGUAUUGCACAUACAAGUCUCCGCGCAAAGCAAGGAUAUUGAAGCAUCAACUGAUGUAUCACAGCAAAGUUCCUUCGGAAAGUGUCGGCGAUCCUUCUGAGGCUGGAGAAGAUUCUGAUCCAGCCUGUGGGCUGAAGGGGACGUUUGCUUGCGAAUGGUGCGACUAUCAGACUGACCAGAAGGACAGCUGGACUGCUCAUGUGGUCAGAGAACACAGCGACAAGGUCAAAAUAGUUUCCAGCAUUGCAGAGCUGGAAGGGGAAGCCAGUGCAAGCUCACCCAAACCAGAUUCUCCUGCUGCCUCCCAGAGCCCGAAUCGAUCAAAAAUAAGUGUCACUGAUGAACAUGAAAAGGACGAUUCAGUAGAAAAAACAGCAACAUUGGAGAAGCCCGCCCUAGAGAUUGCCUCCCUUCAGUUUGCACAGAUUAGUGCUGUGACUCCUAAUAGCACAGGUUCCUCUAUUUUGUCCAAGAGGUUUGCAUCAUCUGAAGUUCCAAACAGUGUCAUAAAGAUGGAUUCCAGCUUACUCAAUGAGGAAGACUCCCGGAGCAGCUUAGAGGACGACGAUGACGAAGAUCUUGGCGAUAUCGACGAUGACACCAGCUACACCGGGACGCUGUCGGCAGACGCAAAGCAGCUUUUAACUGAUGAGGAUAAUAAACUUCUAGAGACAAAAGGAAUACCCUUCCGGAGGUACAUGAACCGAUUUCAAUGCCCAUUCUGCUCCUUCCUAACCAUGCACAGGCGGAGCAUCUCCCGCCACAUCGAAAACAUUCACCUUUCUGGUAAAACCACAGUGUAUAAAUGUGAUGAAUGCCCGUUUAUUUGCACCAGCCCUCUUAAACUAGGUACGCACAAACAGAGCCACAGUUCCUCAGAUUUAGACACCUUGGACCUAACAAGUGACAGCCCAGAACCUCAAAAUGACAAAGCUGCGGAGCCAGUUAACGGGGGCAACGUGACCUCCAAAGUCAACGGAAAAAGGAUAACCAGCACACCCAACGACCAGCAGAACCCUCAUCGCUGCUCCCUCUGCAGCUUCUCCACCACCACUCUGAAAGGUCUACGGGUUCACCAGCAGCAUAAGCACUCCUACUGUGAUGACCUUGCCACUGUCUUUGAAAGCCAGAUGACCGACCAGCCAGACUCCGAGGUGGACGCAUCUCCAAUCUUCCUCCAAAAAACCCAGACCUCCAUUUUAGGACUUGCAACCAAAAAGCCCUUAGCUACAGGCAAACGAGCCAGGAAGUCCAUCAACGACCUGCCUUUGGAUUUGUCCUCGGUAAAAAAGCGAACAAGAAUCGAUGAGAUCGCCAGUAACCUUCAAAGUAAGAUAAGCCAAAGCCAACAAGACAUGAUCAUAAACCUGGAUGAAAUGGAAGAUGAAGACGCGGGAGAAAAUCACACCGGCGCUGAUAAAGAUAGUGGAAACCAUGACGGUAAGAACCCUGUCUUCACUUAUAAUGCACAGCAGCUUAACGCAAGAGAAUCGCUGAUAUCAAACGAUGGAGGCAGAAUUGAAAGAAAAAGCAACCCUAAGUCGAAACCUAGAAGCAUUCCUAUAUCACUAACUCUGUCAGACGAUAGCGAAAACAUCUCCGUAGACCCAAGUGAUGGUGCAAUCCAAGAGAACACUGAUUAUUCAGAGGAACCGGGGACUGCUCGUUUCUACUGCAAACACUGUGACUACCACAACAAGUCGGCCCGUAGUGUCAGCACCCAUUACCAGAGGAUGCACCCUUACAUUAAGUUCAGCUUUAAGUACAUCCUGGAUCCCGAGGACCAGAGUGCGGUUUUUCGCUGCCUGGAGUGCUACAUUGAAUACACCAACUACAACGAUCUACACCAACACUACAUGGAUCACCACCCCGAAGCAAGCAACGUGCUCAACUUCAACCAACCAAAUCUGGUAUACAUGUGCCGCUUUUGUUCGUACACGAGCCCGAAUGUCCGUAGCCUGAUGCCCCAUUACCAAAGAAUGCAUCCCACAGUGAAGAUUAACAAUGCCAUGAUCUUCUCCAGCUACGUAGUGGAGCAAUCCCACAAAACUGGUGAGUCCCAAACGCUGAGGGAAAUAUUAAACUCUGGCCCCAAGAAUUUUAAUUCCGCUUCCUCAACCCCUAGAUCCUCUUCCAGCCCGGUGCUUAAAACUCCCUCUAAGACGCCGGAGGUUUGUGCUGAGACGGACACUCUCAAAGAGCCGAUGGGUGGAAAUGUUGUAGUAUACGAUUGUGAUGUGUGUUCUUUCGCUAGCCCCAACAUGCACUCUGUUCUGGUCCACUACCAGAAAAAGCACCCUGAGCAGAAGGCCUCUUACUUCCGUAUACAGAAAACCAUGAAGGUCAUCUCUGUGGAUCAACCUCAGCCUGUUGCAAACUCCUCGUACAAUCUCAGCAUGGCUACACCUUCAAAACAGUCGAGUGCCCCACUGUAUGGAACAGAUGAAGAAAUGUACUACUGUAAGCACUGCGUGUACAGCAACAGAUCUGUAGUGGGCGUGUUGGUCCAUUAUCAAAAACGACACCCAGAAGUUAAAGUGACAGCAAAAUACAUAAAACAUGGUGCUCCCACCCCUGGUUUGAUGAAACUAAUGGACGAAUUGCAAAUCUCCGCUCCCAAACAGUUUUUGAAGCAGUUUCAAAAUAACGGUCACGAUGGAUCUAACAACUCGAGCCCUAAACAGGGAAGUGGUGAGAAAGGAGAGGACGAGUUGUUCUUCUGUCAGCAAUGUGACUAUGGAAACCGCACUGUAAAAGGAGUGCUCAUCCAUUACCAGAAGAAGCACAGGGAAACCAAGGCCAAUGCUGACCUCGUACGUCGUCACACGGCGGUCGUCCGGAGCCAGCGUGAGCGUGCGCAGUUGGUUCAGUCGAGCAGUGUCUCUUCUGCUGUGAUCCCAACCCCUCCAGAUCCUGAAAACGCCACAUCAUUGCGUUCCCUCAAAUGCAAACACUGUACCUACACAUCCCCUUACGUCUACGCCCUUAAGAAGCACCUGAAGAAAGAGCACCCUACUGUGAAAGCCACGGCGAUGACUAUUUUACAUUGGGCUUACCAAGAUGGCAUUCUAGAGGCCGGCUACCACUGUGAGUGGUGCAUUUACUCCCAUGCUGAGCCCCAAGGCCUGCUCCUCCACUACCAAAGACGCCAUCCUGAGCACAAUGUGGAUUACACAUACAUGGCCAGUAAGCUAUGGGCUGGCCCGGAGACCACCCAACAAGGAGGCAAUAUGGAAACUAAGCAUUACAAAUGUAGAGACUGUGCCUUCGAGGCCUGUACAAUAUGGGACAUUACGAGUCACUACCAGGCAGUCCACCCGUGGGUCAUAAAAGGGGAUGAAUCUGUGCUUUUGGAUAUCAUCAAAGGAAAUGGUUCAGCGGAAAAGAUCCACCCACAGAUUGCCAAAGAACAUCUGACUUUCAAUUGUGAGCCUGUUGAAGAUGAUGGCGCUUAUGUCAUUGCUACCCCACCUCAAGAAAGCAAUGCCCAUCCUUCCCACCCCCGUCUUUCCAUCUCUAACAACUCGUAUCAGUGCACUGUAUGUCUGUCAGAGUACAACAGUCUACAUGGCCUCCUCACCCACUAUGGGAAAAAGCACCCGGGCAUGAAAGUAAAAGCCGCAGAUUUUGCACAGGAGGCCGAUAUCAACCCCAGCUCCGUGUAUAAAUGUCGUCACUGUCCGUAUGUAAACUCCCGGAUCCACGGGGUCCUUACUCACUAUCAGAAAAGACACCCUUCAGUGAAAGUCACAGCAGAAGACUUCGCAGAUGAUAUAGAGCAGAUUCCCGACUUAAACGAGGGAGACGACAAGUGCAAAACUCAAAGGCAGGGCUACGGCGCGUACCGAUGUAAAAUGUGCCCGUACACCCAUGGGACACUGGAGAAACUCAAAAUCCAUUACGAGAAAUAUCACAAUCAGUCUGCCUCGGAUAUGUUCACUCCUUCUCUGACACAUUUCUGCACAAGUAGAGACACAGAGCCAGUAGCCGAAUGCAGUACUGGUAAUAUAUCAAGCACAGCACAGGUCCAGGAGGUCAGCGAGUUGGACCUUGCCCUCUCUCAGUUACCCAUCAAUAAGACGGAGAAGCAUGCCGUGUUCAAGUGUCAGCUCUGCAAAUACUUCUGCUCCACCAGGAAAGGCAUUGCUCGCCACUACCGUAUAAAGCACAACAAUGUGCGCGCCCAACCGGAGGGUAAAAACAACGUCUUCAAAUGUGCUCUUUGUGCGUACACCAACCCCAUACGCAAAGGCCUGGCAGCACACUACCAGAAGCGGCAUGAUAUUGAUGCCUAUUAUACCCAUUGUCUGGCUGCUUCCAAGACUAUAACUGAAAAGCCUGCCAAGGUGGUAGCGCCCCCACCGACAGAGGGAGAAAAUUCAGAAAUGAGUGAAGAUUUGCGCUUGGCUGUAGAAAGACGAAAGUGUUCUCUUUGCGCCUUCCAGGCCUUCAGCAGGAAGAGCAUCGUCUCGCACUACAUUAAACGCCACCCAGGUGUCUUUCCCAAGAAGCAGCAUAAUAGCAAGCUCGGCCGCUACUUUACCGUUAUCUAUGCCAAAGAGCCGGAGAAGCUUGCCGUAGAUUCAGUGGCAGAGGAAGGCAAAGAAGUGCUGGAGGUCCCGCUUGAGCCAAAGCAGGACGGAGAUGAUGAUUGGCUGCCUUUCAAGUGUCUAAAGUGCUUCCGGUUGUCCUUCAGCACGGGCAAUCUGCUGUCUUUGCACUACAACGACCACCACAGCGGUGACUUGAAGAGGGACUUUGUUGUAUCAGAAGGUCUAGGGGAUGAAGAUUCGGAGUUGUACCAGUGUUCUCACUGUGAGCUGAAGUUCCUGGAUCUCCCGGUUUUGGCCAAACAUCUGUUGAAUCACAAUGAAGAGUUUCAGAAGAGAGCCAUGAGGCAGGAGAGGAGGAGGCAGCUCCACAGCAAACUGAAGGCCACAGAAGUACCCGAGAACAAACCUGAGAAGGAUAACCCUGCAAACAAAGCUCCCAUUGGAUUCAGGUGUAACUUCUGCAUAGAGGUCCACCCCACCCUCCGAGCCAUUUGCAACCACCUUAGAAAGCAUGUCCAGUACGGAGAGGUCAAAGAAGGACAUGUCAAGCAGGAGGUCAGUGAGGUGCCCCUGACGAUGCCUUCAGAGGGCUUGACUAACGGCGACCUCGAGGGGGACGAAGCAGCCGAAGCAGAUGACCUUGACGGACCCCCGCCUCCGAUGAUGGUUUCCGCUGUCACCUCUGGUGUCGGUGUUGCCGCGGAGACACAAGAGCCGGAGAAGGACACAGUUGAAGGAUGCGCAGCUGCCCUCGUGGCUGCAGCGAGGGCCGUGGUGUCGGAGGACCAGCUGAAGCAGCGAUUAACGGCGGGGGGUCACCCGUGUGCCCAGUGCGACCGAGUCUUUAUGUCCAUGCAGGGACUCAGGUCCCAUGAGAGGAGCCACUCAGCCAUGGCGAUGUUCAGCAGGGAGGACAAAUACAGCUGCCAGUUCUGCCAGUUUGUCUCUCCCUUCAGACACAAUCUGGACAGACACGUGCAGUCUCACCACGGGCAUCACAAGCCCUUCAAGUGCAAACUGUGCCCCUUUAAAUCUGCCUACGUGAGUCGCCUGAAGAGCCACCUGCAUAAGGCGCACACAGGUGAGCAGCACACAUACAAGUGCUUGUCGUGCCCCUUCUCCUCGAUGACCAUCAGCCAGCUGAAGGAGCACUCGCUGACCGACCACGGCGAGGCGCUGACCCUCCCCAAACUACGCGCCGCUACCCAGGCUGCUCAGGCCACCGCCAGGCCGUCGCGGCUGCCCGGCAGCACCGAGCAGACUCCGCUGUCCCCGGAUGACCCAUCGUAUCUGGAGCCGGCGGAUGUUCGUCAGCAGCUUAGUCAUUACCAGCUGGCCUCCCGCAGUCAAAUGUCUUCCGGCUCAACACCUGGUGGCUCGACGGUGGCUGACAAUCGACCAGACGGCGUCCUCACUUGCGAGUUCUGCGAGUUCAGCUCCGGCUACAUGCAGAGUCUGCGCCGGCACUACAGGGACCGCCAUGGUGGCAAGAAGCUCUUCAAGUGCAAAGACUGUUCCUUUUUCACCUGCUACAAGAAUACCUUCACCAUGCACGUAGAGGCCGGUCACAACAGCAAUGCACCUGAAGACCUCCCCAAAGACCUGCGCUGCCCUCUCUGCCUCUACCACACCAAACACAAGAGCAAUAUGAUCGACCACAUCGUCCUGCACAGAGAGGAGCGUGUGGGUCCGCUGGAGGUCAGCCGAUCCAAGCUGUCGCGUCACCUUCAGGGCCUGGUGUUCCGCUGCCACAAAUGCACCUUCACAUGCUCCAGCGACCAGGCUCUGCAGCUGCACCUGCAGAAGCACGCUGAGAUCAAGCCCUCAUGCCAGCUCUGUUACUAUGACAGCAGUCGACGGAGCCAGCUAGAGGAGCAUCUACGCCUCGAGCACAAGGUCAUCCGAAACUUCGAGCUGAUGGGCCGCGUCAACCUGGACCAGCUGGAAAUGAUCAAGGAAUACGGGAGCAGCGUCGAGGACGAGGAGGAAGAGAUGAUGGAGAUGGUCGUCGACGGGAAAUCAGCUGCCGCCGAGGAGGAGGACCGCGACGAAGAAAUGGAAAUGAUGGAGAAUCUGGCGCAGGAACAGAGAGAGAUGGAUAUCGAAGGGAUAGAGGACAACAUCAAGGAGGAGGAAGAGGACGAGGAGGAAGGAGAGGAAGAGGAAGUCAAGGAGGUGGAGGAAGACGGAACAACACAGCAAGAGGUCUUUGCAUCCCCUACCAGCAGCACCAGCAGCAGCUCUCAGCUGAGCGGUGCAGAGAAGCGUCUCCCCUGCGAGUUCUGUGGCCGCUGCUUCACCAACAAUCUGGAGUGGGAACGACACGUCCUUCGACACGGCAUGAUGAUUAACAGCAGCCGCUUGGACACCAGCACCACCUCCGCAUUAGAGACCACGGCGUCAUCUUCCACCAGCUCCUCAGUCCUGAUGGACUCCGAAUUGGACCUGUCCAGCAACAAGCCUGAGGAAGGGAACCCUGCUGAUGUGUCGCUGAGCAGUCAAAGCCAGUACAUGGAAAACAAAGAAAUGCUCAACACCAAAAAGGAUCCACUGUUGGGUUGAACUUGUCGUGACCUCUUAGGGUUAUUGUGCUUGAAACGGAUAACCUGGGGGUAGAAUCAGCGCCGAGUCGGAUAUGAAAAAAUAGGACGGAGAGAAAAAGAUUGAAAACUGAAAAAAGUGACUUCUUCUGAGUUGGCUCAUUUCUAGAUUUUUAGGUGUUACAUAUUUAAGUAUUAGGUUGUGCUGCAUAAAACGGCUGAGCUCUUUAAACGGGCAGUCCCCUAGGACAGAUUUUUAAUAUAUUGGUAACCAAUAGUGAACAGAACUCUUUAUUGCUGACAUUCUGGUCAAAUCUACAGUGAAAGACCCCACCUAGAUACAACGAAGCGAAAGCUCAAAAAGAAUGUUGUCACAAGAUGAUUAAGUAAGUUUAGCAUUAUUUUGUUUUAAAGCACCUUUUACUGCUCACUCCCCCCGACUCAUAGAAAUCAGGGUUACUGUAAAAUUGACAGAAAAGGAACAAACAAGAGAUGAAAGCAUUUACGACCACGGCCCGCUGUAGAGCUACUUUUUUUCUUUUCUUUAUUUUUCUUGUUUGAAUCUGAGACUUUUCUCAUCUUAGCUCUGUGUUAAAUGUGUAGAAGUAUUCCUGAGGAAGAGUUGCACCUUAACUAUUUUAGUAAAUAAAUUCAGAAAUUGUGUUUUGGUCAUUGUAGUGAUACGGAAUUUCCCCCUAAUGUUUGUAGCAAAUUGCUACAUUUAGAAACCCAUAUUAUUAUACUACGUAUAAGCCUUCACCCUGUGGCACCCUUUGCCUUUUUUCGACUGUGCUAUUUUACUGUCCUGUUAUUUCACUGAUGAGAUAACAAAGAGAACGAGAUACGUUUUCAUGUGAGACAUCCUGUUGUUUGUUGUACAUGUUGAGAAAUGUCACCUGGAACUCGACUGGUUUUAAGAACAGUGGCUUAAUGGUUGUCCUCCUAAUCAAUAGACAGAGAUUACACUUGUCUUCUCAGUGCCAGAUGUGUGAUUGGAUGUGCAAGAAUACAGCACCGUCAACAUACUGUCCCUGCAUCCAUCAAUAAGAUCAAAAGGCGUGUUUCCACCGCAUGAAUUCUCCCCAAGAAGCAGGAACCUUUAGAGAAACUCAUACUCUGUUGCACCAGCUGUGCUUAAGUUCUGUCUCAUGUUUGAAAGGUGAAAGGUCAACCUUAAAUCUUACAUUGAAACUAGUUUGUUUGUUACGUAAGUUGCGUCUCUGUUACUCACAGCGUUUUAUUUAAGUAACUCUUUUAAACGAUCUAAAGAAGAAAACUAAAGUUAAACGCAGCACAUUCAAUUCUCCUCCAGGGUGACUGUUGAAGAACUGUUGCUCAGAAAAUUAUACCUUUCAGUCACUUAAUCAGGCGUCGAGGUUAUUCAAUAGUCCUGCAAUAGUCAAAUUUCAUCGUUACUGGACUAAAUUCUUGAAUGUUCGCUGUUGUGGAAAUGUAAACAGCGAGCUUAAGGAACCUAGAUUUUUAAAAAUGAGUUCCUGUGACCAAAAAAAUUAAUGUAGUGUCCAUGCAAAGUACUGAGAGUUGUCCACAGUGCUGAAGUGCCUUAGAAUACAGAUCCUUUUAAUGGACAGGAAAUGGCUUUAAUGACCUUUUUAAAAAAAAUCCAAUUGGUUUUAAAGUAAAUGGAAACAUGUAUCUGUUUGUUUCUUUAAUUAAACUAAAACUAGAUGAGAUUAAAAAAGACCGGACUUGGUGCUGUUGCCGAGGUGUUGAGGUUCCUGCCGAUCCAAUCGAAGCUAAUUACAUUAAAUUUGUUGUACUCACAGUAUUGAAAAAAAAAAUGAGUUGUUUUUUUUUCCUCAGAACCUUUACAAAUAAAUAGUCCCAAUGAAAACGAUUGCACUUAUAACUGGAGUGAAAGAUUGUUCUGAGAAAAGAAAUGCUGCUAGCAGGGUUGUCAACAUUAUCCAUACUUUGGUACUUUUUGAUACCACAUGUUUUAAAAACGAUAUAUCGCCUUUGUCUAAAUUAUUUAGAGUAUCAAAAAGUACUGAAGCUUUUAAAAAAAUGUUAAAUAUUCACUCAUCUUUUUAACCAAAAACUUGCCCGAACAAAAGAGAGAGGGCCGUCUUAAUUGCACUAAUUUGUUGGCAACAUUUCGGUGUGUGCACGAGUAUGCCUGCUUUUUUAAACCAAAAAUUACCCAAGAUUGGGUGCCUAUGAUUUAUGUAUUUGUUGCCAUGGUAACGAACAAGGAAGGUAUCAAAUAAUUAGAUUUUUACUAGAAAAAACAUGUUAUGGAGACAACCCGAGCUGCUGGUACUUUUUUUAAAUAAUGUGAGCACUACUAGUAAAAAAUGCAUUAAAAACUGACAAAAUGCAAUUAUUUUAUUCUUGAUCGAAAGGUGUUUGUCUUUUAGCCCUCGUGAUAACCUCAACUCUAUCUAGUUCCCUAAAAUUGCCCAAAUUAGUUUUUUUCCGCUAAAAAUGGCUGACAGGAUGGCAUUAAGAAUUCAAAAUCUACGCUUUUACUUGUCUCUUCACGAGCUUGUUGUCAAUGCAAUCCUUCAGUCGGUGGUCCAAUUUUGACACGACUGCAGACACUGAAAAGACAAGUGUAACCAGGUAAAAAAACAUUUUUGCCACUGGGACUUUAGUGUAUGACUCCUCAAGGGUUUCAUAUCCCCCAACUUUGAACCCCUUUAAAUUCUCUUCCUGUACUGACACUGUUGUCUUCGCCUGCAUUUUAUUCUUUUCUUCUUUUUUUUGUUGCUACCUUUUUAGGAAGUUGUGACGUUGUUGUGGAUACUGACAAAAGGCAGGGAAUGCAUUUGUUGGAAGUUGCUGCUUUGAUCGCCUUAAAGCCUUAUAAGAUAAAAAAAAAAAUAGCAAAUAAGUCAAAAUGUAUGUCCAAUCCCAAUCAGACCAAUAAGCAACAGUCUCAAAUUUAAACAGCUGAAAUUGAUGAGAGGAGCACAAAUUGUACAUUUGUGUUCUGGGAAACCAAAACAUUGGCCAGGCCUGCUGUGUUUGCUGCUGUGAUUGUAUUUCAUGAGCGUUAAACCAUUGGUGGAGACGGAGAAUCGGGGUUUGAACCAUUGAAUUUUUUGGAGUUCCACGUGUGUUACCCAGUUGAACAUAUUUGCAGCCAUGUAUAGAAAACAGAACUACUUGUUAAGUGUUUGAACUGUGAUGUUUCAGAAAGGAUUCUUUAAACUUUUUUUUUCCCCCUUUAGGUGUUCUCAUUUUAAAAGACGACUUAAAAAAAGUAAAAGCUAAAGAUGACCUCUGACCCUGUAAGGGUUGUUUUUUUGAGACCCCAGUCCAACAUUAUUACUCCGUUGUAUAAUGUCUGAUUAAAAAUGAAAAAUAUCUCCUUUUUUGUACUGUAAUGGGAAUGGGCAGAAAGGAAGAGCCCGGUGGUUGUACAAUAUUUAAACACUGGAUGAAAAACGAUUUUCAACUUUCUUAUCGCCAGACGCUUUUAUGAAGAAGAACUCGGCGAAUAAAAAGACGAGAAAAAAAAAAAAAAACUGGUCCUUUGGCGGUAUUUACUUCAAAAUGCUUCCUGUGGAUUGGCAAUCCAUAGAUCCGUUAAGAGAUCUGGCUCUUCAUGUCCGAUCCAACAUGUGACUCUCCAGUAUCUUCUAUCCACGACCAGUAAGGGCAGGGACUCCCAGUAGGCCUGCUCGUAGUCUACCCAGUCAACAGUAGGUGGGAAUGUAGCAGCCCCACUUUGCUCCUCAGUCCGUGUAACACCUGAGAAAUCCGUUUCAAUUGGUGCUGUAUCUCUAAGCCCUUUUUUUUUUGUUGUUUGUUUUUCAGGACCAGCUUGUAGCUCUUUCAAAAGUUAAACUGUUGUUGUAGAAAAUGUUGCUUUGUUACGGCAGCUCGUUGCCACGUUUAACAGACCAGUGCUAACCACACGAUGCUCUGGGUAACCCAAGCUGUUCACCCCCGAACUGUUUGUCGUUUUGUGAUCAUUUGACUAGAAGAUGACUAUGAAUCCCUCACUGUGUGCAGUCUCCGGACUCUUUGAUCCCCAAUGUUUACCCAAAGUUACGCCCCUGCUGACAACACACUGGAUACUUGUAUAUAUGUUUGGUUUGUUUUUCUCCGAUGCAUUUCUCUUUUCAGACUGUUGUCUCCAUAGUUGGACACUAGAAAUCUCUCCUUUAUGCCUUUCUUCCCAUAUAAAUCUGAUUACCUGAUGGUGGGUUGUGAUGUUGCCUAGAAUGAUUGUUUACAACUUUAUUCCAUUUAUCUCUGGAUAUUCUGUAAAUAUUGUAAUUCAUUGUCUUUUUUUAACUUGAUAAUAAAGUUAUCAGAUAACGGUU